UUAGCACUAUAAUAAAAAUGAUUCCUUUUACUUUAGAAAUAAUAUAUGCUCUAUUUCUAUAUGUAUAUAUAUUAACUAACAUUAUAAUUUUUCUAUAUUUUUAAAUUUAUAUAUAUAUUUAUUAUCUCAAUCACCUUUUUUGUUGCAGUCUCCCAAAACCCUUCUUUAAUCUUUAUUCUCUCUACUCAUGAGAAUCUUCACAACUUUUCUCCUCUCAUCUUAUAUAUAUAUACAUAUUUAUAACUACUUGAGCAAGAUUGAAUUAAUCAGUUGAAAAUAACUGAAUAGACAAUCCCUAUAUAUAAUAAAAAGCUUUACUAAGCUUCAACAAUGGUGAAAAUGGAGUUAUUUGAGUACAAAGAAGUGUUAGAAGCCACAGACAAUUUCUCCCAAUCAAGAAUCAUCGGUAAAGGAAGCCAUGGAUCAAUCUUCUUAGCCACUUUCCCCAAAUUACUCGCUGUAGUUAAAAAAUCUCAUAAUCAUAAUUUGAUUAUUGAAAAUGAGGUAAGAAUAUUAUUAUCGUUAUUAUCUCAUAAUAAUAAUAUUAGUAAUAAUCACAUAAUAAACCUUAUCGGAACGAGUCAAGACUCGGUCUCAACUCACCGAGUCAUAAUCCUCGAGUUCAUGCCAAACGGUUCAUUACACGACUCGCUCCACGUCAUCAAAACGCCGCCGUCUUGGCCCAAACGACUCGAAAUCGUUCUCCAAAUCGCCGCCGCCGUUAAAUUCCUCCACCGAUAUGGGAUUAUCCACAGAGAUAUUAAGUCCGAGAACGUUUUGUUCGAUUCAGAUUGGGUUGCGAAACUCGCCGAUUUCGGACUCGCCGUCGAGGAGUUUUCCGGUGAAGCUGUUCCGCCGGCCGGCACGAUUGGGUAUUUGGAUCCUUGCUAUACGACGUCGUCUAAGCUCAGUACGAAAAACGACGUGUUUAGUUUUGGCGUUUUGGUUUUGGAGAUUUUAAGUGGGAGAAAAGCUAUGGAGAUUAGUAAUAAAACGACGUCGACUGAUAUAAGAGAAUGGGCUUUGCCUUUGAUUGAAAAACGACAGUGGAAUGAGUUAUACGACAAGAGAAUUCCGUUCCCGAAUGGUGGUGAUGACGUGGUGAGGGGUUUGAAGGAAUUGGCUUACGUGGCGGCGAGUUGUGUGUCGUUGGAUGAAGAUUGUCGUCCGUGUAUGGUUGAUGUCGUUGAUGGAAUAGUAAGCAGAUCACAGCAAAAACGACAACAAGUUGGGAGGAUUUGGAGUAGCGUUUUGAGAAAUGUUAUGCUUGUUCGGAUGAUUAAGGGGCAAAAUGGUAAAUUGGUGAAACGGUGUCGUUUUAGUAGUGGGAUUGAAUAUUGUGAAGAAGAGGAAGAGGAGGCUACUAAUCAUGUUUCGAAAGGGAAUAAUAAUAAGAAGAUUGUGUUAUUAAGAGACCUAAUUUUGGCUGAUGAUCAUGAUCAUACCAAUUAGGUAUAUUAUUUGUUUUUUUUACAUUUAUGUCUUGUUUUAAAACACAAACAUAUUUUUAUCUUUCCUAAUUUAUAUAUUUUUGUUUUUGUAUUAUCAAAUUAAUGUUUGGUGUAAAUAUUCAACCGUGUGAAUAAAAAUAUAUAGAGUUACCAUU